CGGCGUUGGCGGCGGCAGCAGCGUUGGCGGCGGCGGCCGGGAUGAGCGUGACCGGGACCCCCGCGGUGGUGUCGGUCUCCAUCAGCAGCAGCCUCAACUCCUUCCGGGCCCUGAAGAGAUAUGCCCGCGGGCUCACCAUCGCCGAGUUCAAGUGCAAGCUGGAACUGGUUGUCGGAAGCCCAGCCUCCUGCAUGGAGCUUGAACUCUAUUCCCCGGAUGACAAGUUUGUGAUGAAGCUGGACCGCGAUGAGGCCUUGCUGGGCUCUUACCCAAUUGAUGACGGAUACCGAGUCCAUGUUAUCGACAGAAGCGGUGCAACAAUUGGGGAAUAUGAAGAUGUGUCAAGGGUGGAGAAGUUCCAGAUUUCUGAUGCUGAAUAUGACAAGCGAGCAGACACGGCCCGCUCGUUCAUGAAACGCAGUAAGUUGGGACAAUACAAUAAGGACGAAAUGAUGAAGAAGGAGGCAGAGCUAGAGCAGAAGCUGAUGGAGGAGAAAGCCCUGGCAGAGGCCAUUUCUGUGGGGGCCAGGUGUGAAGUACAGGCCUCAGGACAGCCCAGCAAACGGGGGACAGUGAUGUACAUCGGCUUAACGGAAUUCAAGCCUGGUUACUGGAUCGGCAUCAAGUACGAUGAGCCUUUGGGGAAGCAUGAUGGCAGCAUCAGUGGCAAGCGAUACUUCGAAUGCCAGCCGAAGUACGGAGCCUUUGUGAAGCCUCAGUACGUCACUGUGGGGGAUUUCCCUGAAGAGGACUAUGGGCUGGACGAUGAAAUGUGAGGGGGAAGUGGAGCGAAGGAAGCGGAGAGGAUCGCCACGGCCUCUGUUGGCGCAACCCCCUUGGCUGCGGCUGUUCCUGCAGGGCGCCGCUGCACUCUGAUCCUGAGCCGGGGGUCGCGUGAGUGAACUGGAAGAACUGUGUGUUUCGACGUGUUGUUUUCCCUUUCCCUGGUUGUCUCUGUUCAGUGAAGAUGCCCCAUCACCUGAUUUUUUUCAUGCACGCCCCCCUAGGUCAGUCGGAGAGAACUGGAAUGCCUUUGACUGUAUUAGCAAUUUGGGGGAGGGAGAUGGCAGUGACAUCUUCCCUGGUCUCCUGCGGCAGUGAGUGGAAGCUGAUGUUGGAAGGAGGCGUUCAUAACAGAUGUAUAUACAAUUCUGGUUUUAAAAGCGAAACAAAAUCUAAACUGAAUCAUUUUGAUGACUGUGCUUUUUUUUCCCCAUUGUGGGUUUUUGUUGUUUGGUUUGGUUUGGUUUUUGUGCUGCUGGCAGAUGCUAUGUGAUAAUUACAAAUUAAAGUUUUGGAGGGGGGGUCAAAUACAUUCCAGACAAGAG